AGGCGGCGGAGAGAGCUGAGCAGCCCGGAGGAGCAGCGCCGAGCAGCCGCCGGAACCAGCGAGACACCCGGGCGGGUUGAUCUGUACCCAGUGUUCCGUCGGGGAGACAGGGCAGGGGGGAGGGCUGGGGCCGGGCACAGGAGAAUGAGACAGCCCUCUGAGCGGAGGGGGCGACAUCAUGAACGGGGCCGUGUACAUUUCGUUUUUCCAGGGCCAGCUGGAGUCCGUGCUGGAGCAAGUCGUUCAGCUCGCCGUCCAGGAAAUAAGCAAGACGGUGGGCUCCAGCCUGAACACGCUGCUGCUGGAGACUGCCGUGAAGGAGCAAGAAAACCACCGGCUCCGGCUGCAGCUGCAGUCACGGGAGAACCGGGGCCGAGCCAGCGCCAACCCCGCGGACGGCGGCGGCGGGUCCCCGGUGGCUGGUAAGAACAAGGCUGGCAAAGCAGCGGGCGACGAGAAGGCGGACAGCGGCAGGACAAAGCCCGAGCAGCCGCCGCAGCAGCAGCAGCAGCAGCAGCAGCAGCUCCACGCCCCCGGAGGGCAGGGCACCGAGCCCGGCGUCCCCACCGACACACGCCGCCUGGAGCAGCGGGGACGAGUCGUGGACCAGCUGAAGUCGGUGAUGGAGCAGGUCCUGGACUUCGCGGUUCACGAGCUGACGAAGAUCGUGGAGGCUUCGUUUGACGACCUGCUGCUGGAGAUCACGAAGAUGGAGAGGGAGCAGCGGGUCCUGGAGGAGAGGCUGGACAGGAGCUCCGACAGAGGAGGAGGAGGAGGAGGGGAGAAGGGGAGAGGAGGAGGAGGAGGAGCUGGGGGGAGGAGGAGAGGCUCAGAGAACGACUCGGUGUCCCCCAGCGGCUCUGAGGACGCCCGGGAGGAGCUCACAGAGGUCACCGUGUCCAAAGAGACGGCGGAGACAGAUGACUCGGAGCGUCCCCCCGUCCUCUCGGUCUCUCAGGACUGGGUCCCCAUCCUGGACAAAGUCUUCGGUCAGAAGUGGUGCAGUGACGUCUGGCAGAUCAAGGAGCUCGGGGAAGGAGGAGGGGGAGGAGGUGUUGGGCGGAGUCUGGGUGAGGGCGGGGCACAGCAGGCAGCGCCUCUCUCCACCUCCUCUGUGACCCUGGAGCCCUCCCCCUCCUCCCCCCAGCAGGACCCCCGCUGGACUCCUCUGGAGGACAUGGAGGUGUUUUCUCCUGAUGAGGACGCUGCAGACGGUCAGGGGGACGCCGCCACCACGGUUCCCCCACCUGGACCCUCACCUGGGCCCCCCCUCAGCCCCACAGGUCCUUCAGGUCGUCGCUCCUCUGCCUCGAUGCUUCAUCGUCUCCUGACUCUGCCGUCUCAGCUGCUGGAGGACGACGACGAGGAAGCCGCCGCCAAGGAGACGCUGGCAGCUCUGGCACUUGAAGGCGCCAUCGACCGCAGAGACGGCGUUGAACCGCCUGGCCGGACCUGCCCGUCACCCUUGGCAACCAGGGAGGAGGAGGGGGAGGAGGAGGAGGAAGAAGAGGAGGAGGAGGACAAAGGGAGGAAGAAGAAGAGGCGGAGGGUGUGGUCGGAGUGUGAGGAGUGCGGUCGGAGGUUCAGUCGGAUGUCUCUCCUGAAGGCUCAUCGCCAGACUCACGUCGCCGAAAACGCCGCCGCCGAAACCUCGUCCCCUUCGUCUCCGCCCGGCAGCACCACCUCGGCUUUACGCUGUUCGGACUGCGGGAAGAGGUUCUCCUCGGCGACCCGCCUCCACAGCCACGCCCGGACCCAGCACCCUGGGAACCGGACCUGAGCCGGCCCUGAACCCAGCGGGGACGGAGCGGGCGGUCGGGGUCACCUGGGCUGAACUGGAAAUAGAAACGGGAACAAAGGAGCUUCAACAGAAUCCAACAAAUCUGAACAAAGAACCAGAGGAGGAUCCGCAGACCUGAGACCAGACCAGAGCCACAGACCAUGAAAGGGAAACGAAUCGAACACGCAGACAUCAGAUAGGUUUUAGACUCAAAGAUGCUUUUAUUCUGAAACACAACAGGAAGUCGACUCCAGGCAGAACUUCAUCAUCAGGCCUGAAAAUAAUUUAUUUAUUUUAACAUUCAGUCACCUCUCCAUCUUUUAUUAUUAAUCAGUCAGUGUGUGAGAGACUGAGCCACACUUUCCUUUGAUUAAUGAUUGAAACUAAUGCUUUAGUUAUCGAUCAGUCGACUUUAGUAGCAGCACUUAAAACAUGAUGAAUACAAAGAGAUUCGUUCAUAUGAUUGAUUUAUUUUUGUGAACGUUUUAUGAAAUUUCAGACAAUAAGAAAAUAAUUUUUAUUGAAUCACAGAAACUGAAAAAGUUUCACCGAACAGGAUUAAAAACAAAGUUGAGCAGAACAAAAACAAACAACGAUCAAUAAAAUGUUUGAUAAAGAACCUGAAAACAAAAAGAGGAAAUUAAAAGAUGUAAAAAUAAAGAUUUACUCCAGAUUAAAAAGGCCUCACGUUAAAGAAUCUGUCAUCGGUACCUGAUGGCCAAUCAUCUCUGGAGGAAGGUCACAUGAUCGAUUAUCACCAGACGCUUCUGAUUUGGAUCCGUUUCCAUGUCGACACCGAGACUCACAAAGUUCAGACGCUGAUGAAUCUCUUACUGAACUUUUAUUUUUAGGAUCAAAACAUUCAGUUUGUGACGAUAAUUUAAAACCCGAUUUCCUCCUCCAGAUUGGCUCAUUUCACUGCACGUAGGAAAUUAAAUAGUGAUGACAGUUUGCUGUCGACCAAUGAGAUCAAAGCUCAGCUGCAACGUCCUGAUAUCAAAUAAUCAGCUCUGUUUCUGAGUUGGAAACUGAUAGAAAAUAAUAAUUCUGAAUGUUUUUUAAAGUCAGAAUUUUUACUUAUUGUUUCCAAAGUCUGUUUCUAUUUCUGAUUCCUAUUUUUUUUUUUCUUUUCUGGUUGGAAAUUGGAUCCAUUAAUGAACCAGAUAUAAAUCAAAGAUCAAUAUUUAAUAAUGAAUUCUGUCCAAAACCCCCAAAAUUGAGUUCAUGAGGAAACGAAGGCAGAAAAACAACAAACAAAAACAAACAGAUGUUUUCUGCUCAGUUCAUCUGAUAUGUACGGAAGCCCAGUGGUGCCAAGGAGAAGGAGAAAUAUAAACUCUCAUUUUAAGUCACAAAUGUUUGAUUUUUCCUGAACAAAAAGAAAAUGGCGUCAUUUUCUUGUGAAAUUACUCAGCGUCUCGUAAUUAUAAUACGACACAUAUGAAAUUAUUAAAAUCUAAAGACAUUGAUUCAAAGGUUUCAGGUUCAUUAAAAUAAUUUAAACUUUAAUUACAAAUGUUGUGAGCUGAACAGAUUCAAUAAGAGAUUCACAGAUUUGAAUUCAACAAAAUAUUUUUAAAUCCCGACUCUGGACCGGAUCAACUCGUCUGAGUGGAUUUGAUCAAACAAGUGAAGACGGUGAAAUAAAGAAUCUGAUUGGAGGAAGAACUGACGAGGAGGCGUCACAUCGAAGGGAAAACACGACAGACUCCUCCUGCUGUACAUCCUCCUCCUCCUCCUUCAUCCUCUUCAUCCUCUCCUCCUGUAAAAUACCCUUAUGGCGAGGGAACGAGCUCCAGCUGCUGCAGGUGAGGUUUCUGUUUUCACGAUGAGGUGGCGGCUGCAGCAGUCGGACAGUCGGAGCAUCGUUUCCUGUUUCCUGUUUCCUCUCUGGUGGUGAUGAUCGUGGUUUUUUGUUUCUCGUGUUGGAUAUGUGAAACGUGGACGCGCAGGAGGAUCGACUUUUCUACCUGUUUGUUUUUAAAGUGCCCUUUUUAUGGUUUUCUCUCAAGAAACAGACAAACAGUUUAUUUCUCUGUUUUUAUUAAUGGAAACCAUUCUUGGAUUAAUACGGAAGCCCAGAGAGGCCACGCUGCAGUUUGUUUUUGGAGUCUCAGGAUCAUGAGUCAAGUAUUUCGUUAUCCCGAGAUGAAGAAGCUUAUUUUCUCAUGACAUCAGAAUUAUUUACGUUGAUUCUGGAGGAAACAAACGUCAGAUUUGUGGAGACAACGAAAACAUGUUUACUUAAGAUCACGGACCGUCGUUUGCAGAAACCCUAUAAUCCCAUGAGCUCGCUUAAAAAACAAAACUCGCUCUCGUCACGUUGACACAUCAACCUUUUGUUUCCUCAAGACUCGACACAAAUUAACCCGGUCCUGAUAACUGCAUGAAAAAUAAUUGCAUGUGUGGCCGUUCUGGGCUUCCGUAGAUCGUCGUCAGGUGAAUUUUUGUCGUCAGAUUUUACAUUUAUUGGACGAUCUUUGAGGAUUCUGUCCUCGCGUCACUACUCUGUAAAAACACAAACAAAGGAAGAAAAACUUCGUCAGUGGCAUCGAUAUAUUUGUUUUGGACUUGUUGAAUGUGAAUCUGAGCAGUUUGUAUCCUUUUUACGUUUGUACGGUUUUUACUUUCAGACAGAACUGAUGAUGAUGAUUAUGAUGAUGAUGAUGAUGAUGAUGAAACGAGAGCAAAGAGAAAGAGGAAGGUUUUUAAAUCUGUGACGGUUUACUCCUCUGCCUCCUUCUUUCUUUACUUACAUCCUUCCUUCCUUCCUUCAUCCCUCGUUCUUGGUCCGGUUCAGUAACCUCGCGUUAACACACAGAUACCUCCAUAAAACACAAACACAACCGCGCACACGUUUUUAUUUGUUUCUCUGGCUCAAACUAAUUAAUGUUUUCUUUACAUUAUUUAUUCUGAUCCGUAUGGAAGCCUGUUACUGCCAGACAAACAAACAAACAAAUGUAGAGCGAUGUUAAGAGUAGGAAAUAUGAAAACACUCCGCGACUAAAAGUUUAACGUACACAGAUUAAUUAAAGUUGGAGAUGUUAAUAUGGAUCUCGUGAUGUGUAAUUACAAGAUGAAAAACUUUUUGAGAUAUUUUAUUCCAAAUUAUUAAAUCUUUUUUUUUUUAGAAUAAAAUGAAUAAGAAUUAUGAGGUAAUAAAUUUAAAAUUUUAUUUAUUUCAUCAUUUUAGUAUUUUAAGUAUAUUUUUUUAUUUGUAUGAUUUUUUUUUUUUAUCAGCCUCCAUCGAUGUAGCAGACAUGAAUCAGAAACAGAUAUCUGUAUUUAGGUCUCAGAGUCAAACGGUUCGUUCAGUCUGUCCGGGAUAAAAAAAAAAAAAAAAUCAGUUCAUUAAGAUGAAACACAGAAAAACACAACCGAGCGUUUUCUCGUUUUAACUUUUUUUUUUUUUUUUUUUAAUCUACUGACGAUGUUUCUCUGACCUCAAUUAUCAAGUUUUUUUUCUGCCAAUGAAAGAAAAAAAUUUUUUUUAUACAAAAAAUAUUUUGAGAAAUGAAUGGAAAGAAAAAGAUUAAAUUAUGAGACGUAAACAUUUUUCAACACAUUAUUUCCCUACGAUACGAUUUUAUCACAAUACGUAAGUCACAUUCAAUAUCAUUGUGAUUUUUACCUUUAAGUGAUAUGCUGAGUAUUGUGAAAAUGUAUGUUUAUUAUCUUUUUUGACUGCAAAUUUUAACCCCAAAGAAAAAUCUUUGUCAUCUGUUUUAUUUUAUAGGUCAAAGUUUUCAGUUUGUUCACCUCACUGUAAAAGAUUUUUUAACAAAAAAGUUUGCUAAUUUGUAUGAGCAGCAUUAAUAACUAAUAUAAUGUAAAAAAAAAUACAAGAUUGUCAUGGAAAAUAUUGCAAUACUUUGCUGUAUUGAUUUUUCCCCACCCCUAAUUAUUUCAUAUUUUUUGAUCAUCCCUAACUUUUCAUGCGGCAGAAAUGAGCUUCCAUUGAGACAAAAACGAGACAAGUAAAAGUACAAAACAAUGACAAAUAUCUUCAGAGUUUAAACUUGUGUCUUUAAAAGCUUCACUCAUUCUGUCCAAAAACUGGCAUCAAAAACAGAAAAUCUGAAAUAAUGCAAAAUGAAUCUCAACGGUCCGACACGCUCCGGACUCCGUACAUAUCCUGUCUGGUUUUUAUUGAAUCAUUCCGACCUUCGUGUUUGUGUUCAGAGUCUCUGUCGUUCUUAAUCCUCUGUGGCAUGGGUGGUGCAGGAGGCGAUGGAGGGAUGGUGACGAACAGAAGGAUCAGAAAACAGAUCAAUGUCAGAAUAUUCAUGUGUCCGUGUUGUUUCUGCGCCGCGAUGCUUCAGCAUGAUCAGACGUCUCCAUCGUUUUUACGCUUUGUAAAUGUGCAAACUCAAACUUUUUCUAGUGAUUCUGUUUUUACUUUGUUUGAACAAAAAAAGAAAUCGAAGCAAUAUGAAGCCAAAACUCUGCCGAGCGGCCGGAGUUUGAUUUGCUGUGGAGGAGAGUCGUUCACGUUCAAGAUGACGUGAAACAAAAAUCAGACCACCGAUUAAAAAUAUCAGGAAUGAGGAAAAAAGGUGGGUUUGAUUUUGGUGCAUCAUGAAAUUUAUGAUUAAUAAUGAACUGUUUAAUGUCCUGCCGCUGAACACCGCUUCGAUAACUAAAGCUAACUGUCUGCUUCGCUAACAUCUGAAUUACCCAACCACUUUUCUGCAACUGCCAAGCGCCUGGCGUUGAUCUGAUGUGUUGCACUUUCAGCCUCCACACGUCUUCACAUACCUCAUUUUAUUUCUCUUGUAAAACAUUUCAAGUGUUUCCUUUGUUACUUUCCACACAGACCUCAUUACCUCAGUAGAUGUACGGCAUUGAUAUUUGACUACAAUAAUGUGUUUUGAUUUUUUCUGUGUUCAUUUUGGAUGCGUCUCAGCUUUAAAAAAAGAAAAAGGAAAAAAAAAACGUAGCUGUCACGUAAAAAAAACACAAAACUGCAAAAACACAAACUUCUCAGGUCUAAAAAUAGUCUGUUAAGAUUAUGAUUUUUUAUUUAAAUAAAAAAAGUAUCGUCUUUCAGGACUAACGUAGGUAGUUUAACAGGUUUAUAAGAGCCCACCAGGACACCUCAAGGUACAGAAGCCCAUUUAUGCCAAGACAAAAUAGGAAUAUUAAAAAUCAAAAUACUCAUCAUGUUGGGUAAAACUGACAAGAUACUGAGUCAAAAUAAUAACUUAAUUUUGAGACAGCAAGUCAUUAAUAUGCAAUUAAGUUAAAACAUUAAGUAUUAUUUUUAAUAUAUUGAUAUUUUUUUUAGGAAAUUCUUUUACUUAUAAUUUUGACGUAAAGAAAAAAAAUUGAAAAGUGAUAAAAUUUCAGUCAUGUUUUCCAGGCCUGGAAAGUCAUGGAAUUAGUAAAAAUAAUUAAAAGUUUUGAAAAGCCAUUAAUUCUUCUGUUACAAUAAUCUUCUGUGGAUAACUUUCCACAUCGUGUAAUAUUACGGUAAAUUCUUUUCUGUAGCUGUUGAUGUAACGUAGCUCUAACGUGUCGAUGUUUACAUCUCCCUGCAUUCCGUCUCCUCCGCCAUGUUUGCCUGCUAGCUGAAAUUAUAGUUGAAUAAAGUUUGAAUCUGAUACAUUUGAAAAACGCAGAGCGAGUAGGAGAAAACAAAAAAAGAACAGUUAUUAUAGAUACUUACAAAGUUACGGAACAGUUUGGGGGAAACUUGAAAUUUGAUUCUUUGUUAGAAUUUUGACUGUUUUGGUUUCAUCAGUUCCAACAAUCUUAUUUAGUUUCGUUUUCUUGGCCUUAAUGAGCUUCUGUACUGAACUGCAACAUCUGGCUGAUUUUUCUGAAUAUUUUAUGAAACAUGAAAAAACAUUUGAUGUUUUAACACUUUGAAUUCUCGUCGCUCGUUACAACUUUGUAGAGCACUUUUCAAAUUAAGACGUGAAGCACUUAACAAAGAUGAAACAAACUAAACGCUAACUUUAAGGGAAGAUGCAAAUAAAAACUAAAAUGAGAUGAAAAUAUAAAAGUGUCAGAAUGAAAUAAACAGAAAAUAAAACAUGCAUAAAAACAUCAAAUGAAAUGAUGAUAAAGAAAAAUCAGGUGAUUCCAGAUGUUUUUCUUUCUGAACCAAAAAUGCACAACACAUCUGCAGUUAUGUGGUUUUUACAGGACAGCAGCUGCUUCACUGCACUGUGCACAGAUUAGAAAAUGCUUACUAUCGGAGGAUAACCUCGUAUCUCCUCGUAUUGCUGCCUGGUGUGAACGCUGCACUGAACCAGGUGAACCAGGUGAAAGGCACACCUGCAGCACACACAACAGAAAAGAUCCAUCACCGUGGUGGUUACGAGGUUUUUCUCCCGACAGCAUCAUCCUCAUGUGACUUGUUUAACCAAUCAGCGAUCCUCCUGUUGUUGUUUACAAAGCCAUAGAAGAAGAGAAAUGUGCGUCUGAUUGAAAACUCAGAAAGGGAAAAUUACGAACAAAUAAAACCAAAAAUCAGGAAAUCAGGCGUCUGUAGAAAGUAAACUGAUUUCAACAUCAAAGUCAAACAGAAAUCCUGAAAGUUAAUAAAAUGUUGUAAUUGAUAUAAUAAAGGGACCCAAUUAAUUAAUACUGAUAUAAAUGUAUUUACCUUUUUGUGUUCUGACGUUAAGAUUAAGAUCUUUGUUCAUUACAAGAAACAGAACGGUGUCGUUGACAUAAAAAUAAGAGCUUGUGAUUGCAAAAACUACAAAGGUUAAGAUACUGUACGUUUAAGAAAUCUGAAAAUCUUGUGAUUCAGCUGUUUUCUUGUAGUUUAUACUUGUGAAAAAAGAUUUUGUAAUUUUUUCAAAAGAAACAAGAUUUUUAUUUUUUACAACUUUACAAAUUGUCAGAUUAUUUCUUGUCAGAGGAGAAACAGAAUUAUGAGGGAAGAGCGAGUACAUUAUUAUCUGUAUCUGUUUAACCGACUAAAUUAUCUGUAUCUGUACUCAUAGUGGGCGGGGUUUAUUCCAGUGUGGGUGGUGUUACAAUUUGAAGUGGGUGGGGCUUGAUCCGAAGUUCUUAUUUAAGCCUGAAAUUGACAUGGGUUGAUCAGUUGCUGUGUUAAUUAUUUAUUUUUAUUUCUUGCGAUCUAAUAAUCUAAUAAUUAAGAGAAAAUUAUCUUUUUUGUAAAAUUAUACAAGAUUUUACAAGGUGAAAAUUAAACAUAUUUUUUCUUGUCGUAACAAGAUGCAGAAUAGGGAUGCACAUUAACAUGAAUUAACAGAAUUGGCCAACAUGCCUUCUUAUUGUGCACAAUGAAUUAAUAUUACAGACACUGAAGAGACUUGAUCUUAAAAAGUGGAUAUAUUGUUAUCGGUUGGCGGCCAAAUAAGAUGUUAUAUAUCGAAUAUUGGCACCAAAAAAAAAAAAAAUCCAAUAUCGUGCAUCCUUAGUACAAAGUUAUAAUCAGUAGGGAUGAGCAAGUACACCAUUGUCUAUAUGUGUCUGUCCGAAUUUAAACUACAAGUGGGCGGGGCCUAAUCAGAAUUUCUUAUUUUAACCCUGACAGUGAUAGGAGUUGAUCAAAAGUGAUCUAACCAUGUGAUCUUGUAAUCAUGAGAACAUUUCUUGUAUUUAAGUGAUGCUAAAAUAAUCCUGACGAGAUUAAUUUCUUUUGUAAAAAAGAAUAUCACGAUCUUUAUGUACUAAUUGAGAGUUACGGCACUAAAAAUUGAUCUUUUUGUUAUUAAGGGACACUAAGUCGUGUUUAUGCGACAUACAAAUUUGAGACUUGUAAUCAAGACUUUCAGAAUUAUCAGACUUUGAUGAAUGCACUUUCCACCAGACGCAUUUUUCUCCAAACGUUACUUUAAAGGUGGACGCUGAAGAAAUUCUGUAUAAAAUGUCACACUCCAUAUUAUUUUCAGCACUGAGACGCAUUCAGACAGCAUUCAUGUGUACAUAUCACAGAGCACAUCUCUACUCCUGUGAUUUUUACUUCACAGUUUUCUGAAAAGUGGUUGUGUGGUUCCCAUGUGGAGAGAAGAUGAUGUUUGAGUUCAGCCUCUUCGUUACACGCAGGCUGAGAGACGAGCGAAAGAAGGGAAUAAACUCUGCAGUACAAAGAGCCCAGAGGGACCUGAAUCUUUAAAAUAAAGGGUUCCUUAAAUAAAACCCUUCAUGUUAGGUUGUAGAAGUAGAGCUGGAGUUAAAAGAACUUCACACGGGGGUUCCUCAAGGAACAAUCUGAGGUCCUCUUAUUGUUUGAUGCAAACGUGGGAAUGAGGGGAUGAAAGGGACGUUUUUAAGUUUUAUUGUUUGAAACUGUUUUUAACUGUUUUACUUUGAGCAGACUGUAUGUUUGUAACGACACAGGGAAGCUGAUGUUUAAAGCCUUUUUAUUGUUUGAAAUAUCAAUUUCUACUCCCUGUAUAAUCUCUAUGAAAUGACUUGUUCAUCUCAGUGUUUGGAUUUAAUGCAAUACUUUUGAUAAAAAUAAAAUGUGCCCUUUUUUGUAAUUCAGUAGUCUAAUAAAACCAAAUCUAACAGUUUCCUGUUGAAUAAUGAAAUGUCAAAAGUGCUGGAGAUGAGUGGCAGACAGUUCAACCUUCAGUCAGGAUGUGGACGUUUCCAUCGUCCGUUAAUGUGAAUUAACUCAGAAUUGAUACGACCUUUGACCAUUUUGUGACCAAUGUCAGUUUUGAGUGAAUUUUUGCCAAUGUUUUCCAUCUUUGAACCAGUGAAGCAGAAUAUUCACUGUGUGUUUGGCUGUUUUGUGCCCCGUGUUGAUCACAGCAGCACCGUCUGAAUGUCAUUUAUGCCAAGUUACAAACUGUCUGCCAUGAUGAUGAUGAUGAUGUGAUGAUGAAGGCGAUGGUGAUGGUGUGUUUUUGUUUUUUUUUAUUAUUACCUGUUUUAGUCGAUAAGACCGGGUACUUUUUAGUGUUUAAAUUCAAACAAAACCAAUAAAUGUUCACAA